GAGCAGCAACGGCGUCCUACUAUAGCUUAAGCAUAACAAUCUGGAAAGUAAACCCCCCGUUUGUAGAUUGCAGUGCUUUGCAUAAUUCCAUGAACGCCGCUGACGGUUUUCCUUUUGUUUGACCCAGUUUGUUUCACACAACUUCGUUGCGAGACUGCCAAAGUAAAUACCGAUGCAAAGGCUCAAAUGUUCACGAGCUGCUUACAAUUCACCAUGACAAUCAUGCCACGAGCACUCUUGAAGGACUUGAAGGGAUGUAUGAUGUUCUGAUACCUCGACGACGGUCGAACAAUGUGGGGACGGCAAAGACUGCGCGUUGUCUUAUGCAGAAAUGUACCGGAAGAUGUCCGGGGUAGACCACCAGAACGUGGAGAGCAAUGCUCUUCAGACUCCUCGAGCCUCGAGCUUCAAGCGCAGUGGAUUAAAGAAGUCACGGUCGCGAGUCCCCGCUAGGAUUCAAGGUGACAUACAGUCGUGCACUGGCACCACGUAACAAACGUCGCUCAGCUAUUUGGUUGGAUCAAAGCCGGACAAAUAGCGGAAGAGUUCUAGCGAUUUUCACGGGCAUUUGCAAAACGCUGUCAAGCACGCGUCCUUGGUCGUUUCAGCUAUUUUUUAUCCUAAACCCCUAUGGAACGGCUUCCAGUACAGACAGUCCAAUGUGAAAUGAUAAUAUCCAUGGUCCUAUUCUCGGAGGUACGGUUUCUAUGAAAUUGUUAAUGUGUUCAUUUGCGGGCUCAUGAUCAUAACUCACGUCAGUUAGUUCACAGUAAGCAGUCGUUUCGGCAACAUGGUCGAAAACUGAGUCAAAAGAUUGCUCAAUCUCAACUCGCAGACGCCAUUGACUGGGUUGUCUGUUCAGCGCUUGAUGUACAGUUCUUGAACGUAUAAAGCUUGUGCUUGCAUGCGGUGAUUGGGCUGUUCAUACCCAGUUUCCCGACCAACCUUCACUUAUUGCCGGGAGCAGAGCUUUGCUCACUUAGCACUAAUGUCUAUCAAUAUUUCUACUCAUCUCGCACUUGCUUUUCUUGCCUGGAUAAUAAUCCGUUGUAGACAAUGUGGCCUUCCCCCUGGCCCUCCGACGCUUCCACUUCUUGGCAAUCUCCAUCCCUUUCCGAAGACUCGCACGUAUCUGAAGUUGCAUUCUCCUCUUUCCCUAAGUUUACAUACACUGAUUUUGUUCGGCACUAGAUUCACCGAAUGGGCGAAGGUGUAUGGAGAGAUCUACUCGCCCAAAGCCGGUUCGGCCAACAUCGUAGUCCUUUCCAGUCCAAGGAUGGUCCGUGACUGCAUUGAUGUGAAAGGUGCUGCCACAGCCAGUCGACCCUUGCUUCAUGUCAUUGAAUUGGUCGCAAACAAUAUGGAAUUCACACUGACACAAUAUGGUUGGUAUCCUUCCAAAUGAAUCCUAUUCUUCUUCGUGCAGCUGGCAGGGCUGGCCUGGGGGGUGUGCGUUGGGCCGCGCAUGACAUUUUGUCACAACAGGCCUGCAUGAGGCACCUCCCCAUCCAACAUGCGGAAGCUAGUCAAUUAAUGUUUGACUUUCUAGAGAGCCCAGAGUUGUUCUACACCCACAUUUACCGCUACACGGCCUCUGUGAUUGUCUCUGUAGUGUACGGGAUCCAUUGCCCAUAAUAUCAUGAUUCAUUAGUGGAUGAACUUCGCUGCAUUACCGAUGAGUU